AUGCACCAGGCUGAGACCACCGCCCUGGUCCUUCUUGUCUACGUGAUCAGUCGAGGCUCAGAGAGGAUGGAAGUUGGCCAAAGGCCCAGACCAGUGAGCAGAGGAACAGGACGAACCUGCACGGUGCUCCUGGCAGCAGGGUGCUCCUGGCAGCAGGGUGCAGCUGGCAGGGCGCAAGAAAGGACUGAGAGUUUUGAGGUUCGGGCACCACCUCCUUCCCUGACUCCUGCAUUGAGUGUUCCAGAAUCAAUGUCCACUUGCCCCUCCCCAGCUCCUCCAGCCCCGGCUCCCCCAGCUCCGGCGCCCUCAGCUCCGGCGCCUCCGGCCCAGGUGCCCCCAGCCCCAGCGCCCCCGCUGCCCCUAGCUCCAGGCACCGGGGCAGUGGGACCGCCUCCAGGACCGGCCCAGGGAACUCGAUGCCGCCGAGGGGCCGCAAUGGACCCACCGGGUAUUUUUCCCCUCCGGUCUUAUGGGGCCCCCAUCCUCGGAGAGGAAGGGGACCCGCCUUUCCAACCUCUGCAAUAUUGGCCAUUCUCCUCUGCUGAUUUAUACAACUGGAAAGCUAACCACCCUCCUUUUUCAGAAGAACCACAGAAACUAACUGGGCUGAUAGAGUCCCUAAUGUUUUCUCACCAGCCCACUUGGGAUGACUGUUAGCAGCUUUUACAGGUGCUCUUCACCACGGAAGAAAGAGAAAGGAUCCUCCUGGAAGCGCGAAAGAACGUGCCUGGAGCUGACGGACGACCAUCACAACUCCCUCACGAUAUAGAAAGGGGGUUCCCACUGACCAGACCCAACUGGGACUUUAAUUUUCCAGAAGGUAGAGAGCGACUAACCAUCUAUCGCCAGGCUCUGGUGGCGGGUCUUCGCGGGGCCGCGAGGAGCCCCACCAAUUUGGCCAAGGUAAGAGAGGUCAGUCAGGGAGCCACUGAGGCGCCUGCAGUGUUCUUAGAACGCCUGAUGGAAGCCUUCAGGCGGUAUACUCCCUUUGACCCCACUUCCGAGGAGCACAGUGCCUCAGUGGCUCUUGCUUUUAUUGGGCAAUCAGCGCCUGAUAUUAGAAAGAAGCUUCAGAGAUUGGAAGGCUUACAAGAUUUGUCGCUGAGAGAUUUAGUGAAAGAAGCUGAGAAAGUUUAUCAUAAGAGAGAGACUGAGGAAGAAAAGGAAUUGAGGAAGGAGAAGGAAAGAGAAAGUAAAGAGGAAAAAAGGGAUAGGAAACAUGAGAGAAAUUUAACAAGGAUCUUGGCCGCAGUGGUAGAAGGCAAGGGACGCCCGCCCUCUAGCGGCAGAACUAGUAAGGCAGGGCACCUGGGCAACCGGCCUCCUUUGGAUAAAGAUCAAUGUGCAUAUUGCAAGGAAAAAGGGCACUGGGUAAAAGAAUGCCCUAAAAAGCCACUAAAAAAGCCUCCGAAGAAGGUGUUGUCCCUGCUGGAAGACGAGGAUUAGGGAAGACGGGGCUCGGAGCCCCUCCCCGAGCCCAGGGUAACUCUGAAAGUGGAGGGGCAACCCGUUGAAUUCCUGGUAGACACCGGUGCUCAACAUUCUGUAUUGACUCAGGCAAAGGGCCCCCUCUCUGAUAAAAAAUCUUGGGUGAUCGGGGCUACGGGCCAGAAACAAUAUGUGUGGACUACCCGGAGAACAGUGGAUUUAGGAGUAGAACGAGUAAACCACUCGUUCCUUGUCAUACCGGAAUGCCCCACAUCCCUGUUAGGAAGAGACAUCUUAACCAAAGUGGGGGCCCAAAUAUCCUUUCAAGCCGGGGAACCUCUGGUGACCAAUCAAGAGAAUAAACCUUUGAGUUUAAGCGUCCUGACUAUAAGAUUAGAGGAUGAAUACCAUCUUUUUAAGGGACCGGGGCCCUCCAAAAUUAGCCAGGAGUGGUUUGACAGACCUCCUUACUAUGAAAAAUUGAGGCUGUUGAGCAAUUUUAACAGAACAACCAGCCACGAGAUCUGUAGCUGGGGAAGCCAUAAGAAGCUGACCCUGACCGAGCUGCACGUAGUGCACCGUGGACAAUUAGUGAAGAGUCUCCAUGGUGGUAAAACGGUCUUGCAUCUGUGGGAGAAGAGCACCACCUCCUCAGGCUACGGGAAGAGGGAAAUGAAGAGAACCCUCUGGAAUGUGGAGUACACAAGGGCAGGUCUUCUGGAAGCUGAGAAUCAAGACACAAAAGGGAAGAAUAGGGGAGGAAGAGAAGGUGGAGGAAAGGACUGGCACUGGACCGUUAUGAGCAGAGAACGCAGCACGCUGAUGACCCUGUCCUGUCAGAAAGCUCCGCCUCCAGAAAUCCCUCUGCUGGCAUACUUGUUGAGUGGGAUCGAUGAGUAG